AUGCUAGAAGCGGACAGUCAGGAGGGUUCCGUAAAGAUGGACUACGACUUUGAUGAGCAUGAGGAUGAAGACAGCCCCUACGCUGAAGUACGCGCAUCGGUCUCAAAUAUCGACGACCCGGAGAUGCCUGUCCUCACGCUGCGGUUGUGGAUCGUAGGACUUGGGCUGACCUUCAUUUCUGCUGCGGCGAAUGUCUUCUUCUACAUGCGCCAACCAGCACCAUCGAUCACCUCUACCCUCCUUGUUAUUGUCGCUCACCCUCUCGGCAAGCUCUUCGCGUACUGGCUCCCCAUAACACCUUAUCGACUACCCAGAUGGUUAGGCGGUGGAGAGUGGUCGCUCAAUCCUGGUCCCUGGAACAUCAAGGAACACGCUCUCGUGUAUAUGAUGGCCAACGUCGCAACAGGCGCACCCUAUGCGAUCCAGGCCACCAUCUCCAUCGACAUCAACUAUGGACUCAACCUUGGUUACUGGUUCAACACGGUGCUGAUACUAGCGACGCAGCUCACGGGCUUCGGGCUUGCCGGACUCUGCAAGCGAUUGCUGGUUUAUCCGGCGAGCAUAGUCUGGCCGCAGAACCUAGUCGUCUGCACGCUGCUGAAUACCCUGCACGCGGAAGAGGACGAGCCGAGAGGAGGCAUUUCCCGAUUCAAGUACCUGAUUUACGUCGGCACAGCUGCCUUUUUCUUCUACUUCUUACCAGGGUACCUCUUCACCGCGCUCUCUGUCUUCUCCUGGAUAUGCUGGAUAAAGCCUGACAGCAUUCGCGUGAAUCAGGCGUUUGGCAUCUACACUGGCAUGGGUCUGAGCUUCCUGACAUUUGAUUGGACGGAGAUCAGUUGGAUCACUAGCCCGCUCAUGGUGCCUUGGUGGGCGCAGGUCCAAGUGUUCACCGGUUUUGUGAUCUUCUACUGGAUCAUGACACCGGCAUUAUACUACACAAAUACUUGGAGCCUCUCGUACUUCCCUAUGUACUCGUCACAGCUGUUCGACAAGUACGGGAGGGAUUACAAUGUGUCUAUGGUGCUAACGGACGAGAAGAAGUUCAACGCGACCGCGUACGAGGACUACUCCCCUCUAUACCUUCCUGCUGCCUACGCUAUGGCGUAUCUCAUGGCGUUCGCUCUCGCCACUUGCGUCAUCGUACACACUGUCCUCUUCCAUGGGCGCGCAAUUCUCAAUGGCUUCAGGAGGAUGCAGGUGGAGAAAGAGGACAUCCAUGCCAAGCUGAUGAAGGCGUACCCGGAGGUUCCUAUGUGGUGGUAUCUGCUGGUGAUAGGCGUCUUCUUCAGCCUGGCUAUUGUUGCAGUUGAGGUGUGGGACACGGACGCACCAGUGUGGUUCAUAUUACUGGCAGCGUUGAUCCCUGUGGUGUACAUCAUACCAUCUGGAUAUGUCUACUCGAUCACUGGGCAAGUUGUAUCAAUCAACAUCAUAGCGCAAAUCAUCCCCGGGACGAUCCUACCCGGCCAGCCCAUCCCGAACAUGAUCUUCAAGUCAUACACGCUGCAGACGCUCUCCGAGGGUACUCGUUUCGUGCAAGAUAUGAAGCUCGGUCAUUACGUCAAGGUCCCACCCCGCGCGACGUUCAUCGUGCAGUUGACGUCGACAUUUCUGGUGGCCUUCAUCCAAUGCGGGAUGCAACAGUGGAUAUUUGAGGAAGUCCCCGAUAUAUGCUCGCAGCGCCAGAAGUACGACCUGACUUGUCCGCACAACGAGGUCUUCUACGAGGCUUCAGUGCUAUGGGGCGUCAUCGGUCCGAAUCGGCAGUUUGGCGCGGGGUCACCAUAUCACCCAGAGUUGUAUGCGCUCAUUGUCGGUGCCAUCCUUCCAAUCCCCUUCUGGCUUUGGCAGCGCCGAUUCCCGAACUCAUGGGCACGGUAUGUUAACACCCCCCUCAUUCUGAAUGGUAUCUCGGCUAUCCCUCCCGCGACGGGCAUCAAUUACUCGGCCUGGUUCCUCGUUGGCUUCAUCUUCCAGUAUGUCCUACGGCGAAAGAACUUCGCAUGGUGGAGUAAGUUUAACUACGUGACGAGUGCUGCGUUGGAUAGUGGUACGUGCUUUGCCCAUCUGAAUGCGCGCCUCAGCGAUUGUCAGUUCCCGAACGGCGGUCACUACUUGAGCUGGUGGGGAAAUGAUGUUUGGAAGCAAACCCUCGACUUCAAGGGCGCGACACUCAAAACGCCACCACCUACUGGCAUCUCCAGUAAUUGA